AUGGUUGAAAAGUUUAGAUUGAUGAAGCAAGAACGUCGUCGCAAAAAGUCUGAAUUUUGGGCUGAAAAGAAGUCUCAAGUUAAAAAUACACUUUUUAUGGCUAUGAUGGAACGCAAAGUUGCAGCGGAUGAUUUUGAUUUGAAUUCUAUUUGUCGUUGUAAUCAUCGUCAUUGUCAUGAAAAGAAGAAGAUGAAGAAGAAGAAGAAGAAUCAAGGAAUUGUGGAUGAUGAUGAAGAUGAUGAAGAUGAUGAAGAUGAUGAAGAUGAUGAAGAUGAUGAAGAUGAUGAUGAUGACUUUUGGUUGUAA